AUGCACUACAGGCCCGGGGCGUACAGCUCGGGGCAAAUAAAGCCAGCGGCGAGAAUUCACUUUCCACAGCACAACCUCACCACGCAGCCUCUAAAUAAAAAGUCUGCAAAGGGUUGGUAUCCGAAUGCAAAAGUGGCAUUCAAGGCUUUAGAUGGAUUGGCUUCGCGAAAACACCAACGAAGCCUGAAUGGAGAAGAUGCCAUACACCCUUUACGCGUUCUGAUCAAGUCAUAA